AUAUACAUAUUCCUCUUUAUAUAUACCUCUACUGCUUUGCUUGGAUUACAAACAACAAACCAGAAGUUUAUUUUUCUGUUGAGUAACAAAAAAAAACAAAAGUAUUCUCUUCACACGAAUACAGAGAGUCUUCGAAACGAAAUAAACAGAGUUUCAAGAAUGGGGAAACAAUUGUUCCGAUCAUCUCCUCCACCGGAGAAACAGCCAGCUCACCAAUCGCUCGCCGAGUCAGCUGUACAGGAGUGUACGAGCAGCAUCAACACCGUCAUAUCCAAAUGGACUUCUUCUUCGGACGAGUUCCUCUUUUCCACCAACAGUCGCCGCGAAGCAGAGGAGUUCGUUGAAGCCGUUAAACAUUUACAGAGCACCAUGCACCGUUUGGUUUCCGUCAACGCGUCCUCGGAUAAGCUCGUGUACGCUCACAAUCUGAUGCAGUCCGCGAUGAAGCUUCUCGAAUCCGAGUUUCGCCGCGUGUUGAACGCUAACCGCGACUAUCUCGACCCCGAAAGCGUCUCGGUACGGUCGUCUUACAGAUCGUCAAGAUUCAGCACUUCCACCACGACUAGCGUCUCCGACUCCGAAGACGAAAUCUCCUACGAGGAAAACCAAGACGAUCAUAGAUUCUCCGGCCAAGACUCAGACGCCAUGGACGAUCUAAAAACCAUCGCGGACUGUAUGAUCUCCACGGGGUACGCCAAGGAAUGCGUAACGGUCUACAAAACCGUGAGAAAAUCAAUAGUGGAGGAGACGCUAAACAACUUGGCGGUGGAGAGACUCACUCUCCAUCAGGUUCAGAAGAUGGACUGGGAGACUCUCGAGUCCAAGAUCAGGUCGUGGCUUCGAGCCGCGAAGCUAACAGUUCGGUCCCUCUUUUUCGGAGAGAGGCUUCUCGCCGACCAUGUCUUCUCCUCCUCCGUCAACAUAGUCGAGUCCUCCUUCACGGACAUCACGCAAGAAGGAGCUUUAACGCUCUUCGCCUUCCCGGAAAACGCCGCCAAGAUCAAGAAACUCUCGCCGGAGAAGAUGUUCCGGUUCUUGGACAUGUACGAAACGCUCGCGAGUCUCUACGUCGAGAUCGAAACCAUCUUCUACUUCGACUCAGCCGCCGCCGUUAGGUCUCAGGUGAUCAGCUCGUUAACGAGACUGGGCGACGCCGCGAGGACGAUGAUGACGGCGUUCGAGACGGCGAUUCAGAAGGAAACGUCUAGAACGCCGGUCACCGGCGGGGGCAUUCAUCCUCUCACUCGCUACGUCAUGAACUACCUCUCGUUCCUCGUAGAUUACAGCGAGUCUAUCGCUGUAAUCUUCGAGAACUGGCAGCCGAGCUUGCCGUCGUCCUCCUGCGGCGGAGAGGACGCUUAUCCGGAGGAGCUCUACUCGUCUCCGGUGUCCGUGCGGAUCGCGUGGGUGAUUCUUCUCACGCUAUGCAAAAUCGACGGUAAAGCUCAGCCGUACAAAGACGUGGCUCUGUCUUACCUCUUCCUCGCUAAUAAUCUCCAAUACGUCGUCGUAAAGGUUCGAACAUCUAACGUGAAGCUCCUCCUCGGGGAGGAUUGGGUGGUGAGGCACGAGGGGAAGGUGAAGCAGUACGCGGAUAAGUUCGAGAAGCUCGCGUGGGGGAAAGUGCUGACGUCGUUACCGGAAUAUCCGGCUGAGGAGAUCACGCCGGAGGAGGCUAAGGAGUUCUUAGUCAGGUUCGACGACGAGUUCGAGGCGUCGUACCGGAAACAGAUAUCGUGGGUUAUACCCGACCCGAAACUUAGGGACUGGAUCAAAGUCUCGUUGAGUCAUAAACUGAUGCUGGUUUGUACCGAGUUAUACGAGAUAAACCGGUUAGGUUCGCGAGGAGAUGGGUUUAAUGUCAGAUAUACCUCUGAAGAUAUAGGAAAUUACUUGUCGGAUCUUUACUUUGGAAGCAGAGGGUCCGGGUCAGGGAGUGUCUCGACAAAAGGUUCCGGAACCGGAUCGUCGAGUACCGGUAAAUCUCGGGAAGGACGUAGCCAUUGAAUGAAUGAGAAUCAUGCAUGGUCGUAUCGUUUUCUUCUUCUUUUUUUCUCUUACGUGUACAUACAUGUUAAAUUAAUAUUUGAUUGAAUUCUCCAUUCUAUCAUUUAGUAAUCAUCUAAUUUUAUUUUUUGGGGAAUUUUGUGUUAAUAAACGACAAAAUAAAAUACGAUGAUUAUAUCCGA